AUUGGUAACGCCGUGUAGCUAAGCUAGUUGUCCCCUUGUUAGUAGUUUUAGUUCGGAACAGAAGAUACAGGACACGACAAAGUGGUUAUGUCAGUAGUAAUGAUCAUAUAGUACUUGCUAUAAGUGAUAUUUUAUACAUUAAUGUUAGCGUUGCACACCAGUAUUUAAGGUAGCUAGCUAUGCUAACGCUAGCUGCAGCCAAACUUUUGGCCGUAUGUUGACGUGAGGCCAAGCCGAGCAAGUUAGAGAGAAUAGUCUUCUAGAUAGACAGCCAAGUUCUUAUGAAGCAGAACAAGGAAACAACUUUUAUGCUUACGGUUUCUAGCUAACUAGCUGAACUUCAUUAAUGCGAAAUGCGUGUGUAUAUUUUUUCAGUGCCGAGAACGGAAUGACCCCUUUUUAAACAUUUGCUACCUAGCCUAGCUAGCUAGUUAGUUAGCAACAAUUUAUUAGCUAGUACAUUGUUAUGUGCUAGAUUGCAUUUUGACGUCUUAGCUAGUAUAUAUUCAUAUUGUUAGCUGCAGUAAGGGCAAAGUGCUAAUUUUCUAAUAUUACCCCUGGUUACUGAUAUCAACUAGACAACUGCAAACAAAAUGUCAUUGGAAGAUUAUGAGCGGCACUACGCAUCGCUUUCGGACUCGGGAUGCGACUCUGUCAGCGUCCCGGCAGCAUGUGUCGCAUUUAGCGGCGAAGAGGAAAAGUUACACUACAUUCCCAUUCGGGUCUUGGGUAAAGGAGCUUUUGGAGAAGCCACCUUAUACAGACGCACCGAGGAUAAUUCUUUGGUGGUCUGGAAGGAGAUCGAUUUGAACUGUCUCUCCGAUAAAAAGCGUAGAGAUGUCAUGAAUGAAAUCAGCAUCCUGUCCAUUCUCCAGCAUAACAACAUCAUAGCUUAUUUCAACCAUUUCAUGGACAAGAACACCCUACUGAUUGAGCUGGAAUACUGUAAUGGUGGAAAUCUUUAUGACAAAAUAAACCAACAGAAAGGGCAACUCUUCACACAGGAGGUUGUCAUAUGGUAUUUGUAUCAGAUUGCCUCAGCUGUGGCCCACAUUCAUAAAGCUGGUGUCCUCCAUAGGGACAUCAAAACAUUAAAUAUCUUCCUUACUAAAACAAACUUGAUAAAGCUAGGAGACUAUGGGUUGGCCAAGAAACUGGGCUCCGAGUAUUCAAUGGCUGAGACGUGUGUAGGUACCCCAUACUACAUGUCUCCUGAGCUUUGUCAAGGGGAGAAGUACAACUUUAAAUCAGACAUCUGGGCCAUGGGCUGUGUCUUAUUUGAGCUCCUGACCCUUACCAGAACCUUUGAUGCAACGAAUCCUCUGAACUUGUGUGUGAAGAUUGUCCAGGGCAACUGGACUAUGGAAGUGAACUCAGAUGUUUAUUCACCUGAGCUCAUCAAAAUUGUGUAUGCAUGCUUAGAUCAGGAUCCAGAGAAGAGACCUACUGCUGACCAGAUUCUUGACGAGCCAGUCAUCUCUUGCAUUAGACACGAUUUGGAGGAGCGUGUGGCUGCACUGAAUUCAUCCAUCAAGAAACCAAAACUGAGUACAGUGUCGGAGACCUCGGUUGCUGUAGUAACCACUCGCUCAAGGGAGGUGUAUUUCUGGGGAGGAGGGAAGUUCACCCCUCAGAAGUUGGAUAUGUUUAAAGGCGGCAGCAGUGCUCAGCAAGUGUGUGCAGGGGAGACGCAUUUCGCUGUGGUUACUGUGGAGAAGGAGCUUUAUACGUGGGCUAGUGUGCAAGGUGGUGCUAAGAUGGUGGGUCAGCUAGGCCAUGGUGAUCAGGCCUCAUACAGACAACCUCGCAAGGUGGAACGUCUGCAGGGGAAAGCCAUUCGGCAGGUGGCUUGUGGGGCUGACUUCACAGCUUGUGUGACUGAUGAAGACCAAAUGUACAUGUUUGGCUCAGACUAUUAUGGCUGUAUUGGUGUGGAGAAUGAGAUGGGCAUGGAGGUUCUAGAACCCGUUCUGCUGGAGUUCUUUGCGGAGCGGCCAGUGCGACAGGUCUCCUGUGGAGACAAUCACGUUGUAGUGUUGACUCACAGAGGAGACAUCUGUUCUUGGGGCUGUGGAGAGCAUGGUAGACUUGGCCUGGACUGUGAGGAUGACUUUUCCUCUCCUAUGCUAGUGGAAGUACCAAAGGGUGCUAGUAUUGAUUCUGUGUACUGUGGCAGCGAUGGAACAUUCUUCCUUACAGAGUCUGGGAGAGUCUUGGCCUGUGGAAAUAAUGAACAAAACAAGCUAGGUCUCAAUCAAGGCAUCACUGGUAUCAAGAACCACCCUGGGGAGGGUUAUCAGGAGAUACCAUACACCACAACCCUGACUUUAGUAAAGCAGCUCGCCCGCUUUAAGAUCCAAGUAAUUUCUCCUGGGAAGACCCAUACAGCAGCCAUUGAUGAGAGGGGACGUCUGAUGACCUUUGGCUCUAAUAAAUAUGGCCAGCUGGGUGUGAAAGACUUCAAGAAACACCUAGGGGUUCAACUGCUUCUGGGCCCCUUUGGAGGGAAAGUUGUGUCCAAAGUAUCUUGUGGAGAUGGCUUCACAAUUGCUGCCACAGAAGAUAAUCAAAUCUUUGCAUGGGGAAAUGCGGGAAAUGGACGAUUAGGCAUGCCCGCUGAUCGAGGGUUUGGCUCUGAGGUUUGCCCUGCUCUUCCUCGGCCCAUUUUUGGUUCCCUACACCACGUGCCUGACCUGUCCUGUAGGGGUUGGCACACCAUCCUUAUAAUGGAAAAGGUGCUUAAUUCCAAAACUAUCCGUUCAAACAGUAGUGGACUGUCGGUUGGAAGUGGCAUAGGUCAUGUCUCCAGCUCCUGUGUGGAACUGGAUAUUGAGCCUGGCUCAGACUCCGAAUUACGAGAUGGUAUUAUGGGUGGCACUGUUGAGGCUGACAUGGAGGAAGGAGGUCCAGAGACUCCCUUGUUCUUGAUGGAGAACAAGACCAGUGAGAGUUCUUGCCCAUCCUGGCUUCGUAAGGAGCUGCUAGAUGCAGAAUUCAUUCCCAUGCCAGAGGGCUCUGGAGAGUCUAUGUCUAGCCCAACCGCUUUCCCAGAAAGUGAUACCCUCCCAUAUGAAGAGCUUCAGGAACUAAAAGCAGCUGCUGUAGCUGCUGCCACUGAAAAUGGUCUCAUGUUAACAGCAUGUGUAGACUGUGAGAAGGUCAAUGGAUUGGAAGCUGAAGCAUGGAAGAAAAGUAGCCUCCUGCAACAGGACUGUCAGCAGACAUGCUGCCACAGCAGUAGUGAUCUUACCCAGCUCUGGGAAUUGGUGAAAAGGCAAGAUACAACUAUCCAACUGUUACAGAAACAGUACAAUGAUCAGCUGAAAGAGAAUGAGAGACUGUGGAGAGCCAUUCAUGAACUCAGAGUAGUAGCUGAUCAUUUUGGAAACAAGAGUAACCACCAACCAGAAAGUCUACCUGAUGAAAAACAAUGAGGGAGUCUACACACACACACACACACACACAUUUUUAAACUAAAUUACAUUGGUUAUAUUGAACAACCCAGUGCUGGUCAAGACAUUAAGGGUGAGUAUGUUGCUGAAGUGUUGUUAGACAUUUUGUCCUCAUUAGUCUCCUUGCCAUCACUAGAUGAAGGAGAGACUGUGGGUCUUGUCAAUCACAAAAUACUUUUUUUUUUCUGCCUCAAGGAAAAAUACAGAUUAUACUCUUAUAUUGACAAUACAAGGUCAUAUUAGAUGGCAAUGCCAUUACAUUCCUUCUAUUGUUAGUGCUGAAUAAUUUCUACUUGUAUGUAUGUGUGCCAUGCAACAAUGUAUACAUUUUUGUUCUUGAAUUACAACAGUAGUAGCUAUUGUUCAGGAUUACUCAAAAUAACUGCAGUCUUUACAUACCUUGUUUAUUUGGGCUGUGGUAAUUUACAGUCCAGUAUAAACUACUGCCUUAAAAAUUCCUAAAAACUAAGAUAUUUCACAUGAUGAAAUAUUGCCAAAAUUAUAUUCAGUAUUGGUUUCUACACCAAAAUUCCCUUGUGUACUUUUGCUCACAAUUUGGGGGGAAUAAAGGAAUUAGUUUCUUUCA